AUGGGCAAAAGACUUGGCCUGCUGCGGGCCAUUUAUCUGGUGUCGGCCAGUUGCAUGGGCUCGUUUGCUUUUGCGUUUGACACUGGGGUGAUCAGCGGCGUUCUCACGCUGGAAUCCUUCCAGAAGGACUUUCGAUAUACUCAAGCGCAGAAAACCACCGUCAACUCAAAUGCUGUGUCUAUUCUUCAGGCCGGCGCGUUUUUCGGAUGUUUCUUCACCACACCGGUAGCCUCGCGGCUAGGUCGCCGGAGCGGGCUGAUCAUCAGCUCGCUGGUGUUCACGCUCGGCACGAUCCUGCAGGUCAUCAACGCACACACGCUAGGCACCUUUUACGCAGGCCGCGUGAUUGCCGGGAUUGGCAUCGGGGCCGCGACGGUGCUGAUCCCGAUGUACGCGGCGGAGAUGUCGCCCAAGGAGUUCCGCGGGCGGCUGGGGGCGUGUUUCCAGUGGUUCUUUGCGUGCGGCGUGAUGGUCGCGUACUGGGUGACGUAUGCGGUGUCCAAGGACCAGCCGUCCGCCACAAAGCAGUGGCAGAUCGCGCUGGGGCUGCAGCUGCUGCCGUCGACGCUGCUGCUGGCGGGCAUGUGCACGGUCAAGGAGAGCGCGCGGUGGCUGGCGGCCAAGGGACGGACCGACGCCGCGUGGGAUUCGCUGCGAUGGGUGCGCGGCGGCGAGGAGACGGCGGAACUGCGGCAGGAGUUUGACGAGAUCCUCACGGGGCUGGAGGAGGAGGCGCGCGUGCGGGAGAACUGGACGUGGCGCGAGCUGCUGCUGCCGGCGAAUCGGUACCGGAUCUUCAUUGCCGUCACGAUCCAGCUGUGUGCGCAGCUGACGGGCAACACCUCGCUGGCGUACUAUGCGACACAGAUCUUCGCGGCGGUCGGCGCGGGCACCUCGGCCAAGCUGGUGACGGGAUUCUUCGGCGUGGUCAAGGUGGUCGGGGUCAGUGUCUUCCAGCUGUUUGUCAUGGAUCGGAUCGGGCGAAGAGUUCCGUUCAUGGUUGGCGCGGGCGCAAUGGGCUCCUUUAUGCUCAUCAUCGCGUGUGUGCUGGCGACGCAUCCAACGAAAGCGUCCACGGGGGCUGCUGAGACUGGAGCGACGCACGCGGGCAUCGCCAUGAUCAUCAUGACUUAUGCCGAGGCGUUUAGCUUCAACAUGUCCUGGGGGCCACUGCCAUGGCUGUACGUGGGAGAAAUCUUCUCGAGCCGCACGCGCGAGGUGGGAGUGACGGUGGGGGCGGCGUCGCAGUGGCUGUUCAACUUUAUGAUGUCGCAGGUGACGCCGCACGCAAUCGAGAAUAUUGGAUGGCGGAUGUUCCUGAUGUUUGCCAUUUUCAACUAUUCUAUUAUCGGGUAUUCGUGGUUCUUUUUGCGGGAGACAUCCCUCCAUUCUCUGGAAGAAAUGCAAAAUGUGUUUGGGGGAGGACCUCGGGAAAAGACCACCGACGACGAGGCAGAACCGUCAGUCAAGACAGCUUGA